GCCUACUGUAGGUCUUUUUUUCAGACAAUGACCCCCAAUUUACAUUUCAUGGGAUGGCCACAUUUCUACUAGCCAACGAGGUGCCAACACAUCACAUCAUCACCCUAUCAUCCUGCAACAAACGGACCAAGAGAAAGGAAUGUGACGUGUGGUAUCUAUGGGAAAUUUGCAAAGAUGGUAGGAUUCUCAGGACAGAAGAAGUUCAUUCCCAUGACUGCUCCAGUCUGUCCACAAAAAUUGUGUGGACAAGAACGGACAGGCCGGGGGAUGGAUUCAUUAUUAGACCUGAGCGUGAGGUGUGUGGCUCAGUAUGCAGACCGUUAUAUUGAGUGCAUUAGGACGCUACCUUGUGGAGUUAAGGACAAACUGCUCCGAAUAAUGACGACUAAAGGAACUCUCACCGACUCCAACAUAAGCCAGCUCCUGCAUGCUGGAGUUCAUACCCUCUCCCUGCAGAACUGCAUGGUUUCAGACUCGGCACUCAGACAAAUCAACUGUCAGCAUCUAAAGACUAUAAUACUAAUAGGAUGUGUGCACAUUACAUCAGAAGGUCUGAAUGCUUUGGCUUCACACUGUGUGGGUCUUCAGGUAGUUGACCUCACUGGGUGUGCAGCUGUAACUGACUCGGGUGUACGAGCGCUGGCACAAAGCUGUAAGCGGUUAGAGGUUAUCUCUCUCAGUGAAUGCCCUGCAAUCAGUGAUGUAGCCCUGAUCGAGCUAGGGGCUAAUUGCAGGUGUCUAUACAGCAUCGAUUUUGCUGGGACAGAGGUCACUGACGAUGGUGUCAUUGGUCUUGUGACUGGAGUGUGCUGCCAGAGCUUAAAGGAACUACAGAUGGUACGGUGCCACAAUUUAACAGACAAGGCUGUGGCUGCUGUUCUCUCAAACUGUGCCAACAUCAGAAUAUUCCAUUUUCAUGGAUGUCCCCUCAUUACAGAUAAAUCCAGAGAGGCACUUCAUAACUUUAUCGGGCCAAAAAAGAUUAAACAGAUCUCCUGGACUGUGUACUAAUUCUAUUCUAAUACACGAUUUAAGAUGAAGCAGUACAUCUACAAAGUUGUUAAUGUGUAUAAAAAUCUACUGGAAAAAAACAUGUAUUAACUACAAUGCUAAAAUCAGGUUUAAUUUUAACAAGUUGCAGGUGUCACUGCUAAACUCACUCUUAGUCUACAAGUUUACAGUGUGUGUUCUGAGCUGAAAGUGUCCAUAGCUCAGGUGAAACAGGUGUGUGUGAGUAAAAAUUAAAAAAUAUCAGUGAUGUGAAUAUAAAAAAUAUCAGUAAUACUGUGUUUUUUAUAUAUUAAUUUAUAUUACAAUAUAUUUAUAAAGCACUUUUGGAUGUGAGCACCUUUUAAUUUUUUUAUCAUUCGGUUUUCCUAAUAAAAUUAUUGCUAAAGUUGUAAA